UCUAACGCCAUGUUGGCUGUUAUGACUUGACUUGUUGUUUUCAUCAGUCUUUACUACGGACCUGACAGGAGUGGCUCUCUCGAUCGCUCCUUCUGGAGACGCUUCACACCGUUUUGGAUGAGACGCGCGGAUUACGCAUGCACUAUCCCCCGUGACUUUGCAUUUUUACAGGAUUAAGAAUUGGAAGUACGCGUUUGAGAAGAUCUUAUUUUUUUUUUGGUUGUUGCUUUCUUCCCCCCUCCCCUCCUUGUCUUAUGUGCAUCAAAAUGUCAGAUGUUCGCCUUUCUAAUGCGAGCCCGACAUUUGAGAGGGUGGAUGCGCGGCAGCCGGACACCAUGAGACCCCCGGUGCGCAGGAACCUUUUCGGCAGACCCGACCGGGAGGAGGUACGGAGGAAUUUGGCGACGACGGUGCAGGAGGAGGUGGAGGCUUUCAGGGAGAGGUACAACUUCGACCCGGUGGAGGAACGACCGCUGGAGCCGCGGAACUUCGAGUGGCAGGCGGACCGCAGCGCCCCGGAGUUCUACCUCCGGCCGCCUCACGGGAUCCGGCCGCCGGGCCGAGAGGAGCAGCUGCCCGCCGGGGACCUCCGGCAGGAGAGGAGCGAGCCCCGGCCGGAGAACCAGGCAGCCCCGAAGCGACCGAGGAAGAGACCCUCUGGAGAUUCAGGUCCCUGCUCCAGCGAGUGUCCCAGUAAGAGGUCACAUACCGACGAUGAGGAUGAUGAAGACCCGUCGCACGGUGCCGGGAGUCAGGCGGUGACAGCCGCGGAGCAGAGGACACCCGACCGGCCGGAUAGCAGCCAGGACGUCCAGUGAGAAACAGCGAGCAGCGCAGACCUGUUGCUGGUUUCUCAUCAUCUGACAGAAGGAGGAGAACAGUACAAAAGAAAGAGAGAGAGAGAGAGAGAGAGAGAGAGAGAGAGAGAGAGAGAGAGAAGAAACAGCCUUUCCCUAAAAGAGGGGAUGAGGGGGAGGCUGCACAAGCACUGAUUAUGAACACUAUCAAGUUUUGGCACUCAUUUUAAUUAAAUUGCCUCAGAAGCAGCAGACAAUGUAGCAGUGUGCAAAUGGAUUUUUGCUCAUCUUUUUUUUUAUUUUGUACCUACUACCUAUGUUUCAGAUGUAGCACAUAAAGGCGAAAAGCAUAAUAUGCUUUUAUACUUUUUUUUUUUUCUUCUUUUUUUUUGUUAAAUGUAUUUGAAUACGUGUGUGAAUUUGACUCGGGAAGUUGCAGUGCAAUUUUCAGCAGAGAAAUAUUAUUUUGUUGAAAUGGUCGUGUUGUAUCAUUCUUCAGGUAAUUGAUGUAAGUUACAAAUGCAGAUUUCAAAAGUCAGGGUCACGUGGAUACAACAAAAAAAAAAUGUCUUCACUUUUUCUAUGGCUUUGUUUGUCCAGUGUUUAAAAAGCCUGUCUUGUUUCUGAAGGCCACACUGAAAGUCGAGGGUCCAUCGAACUGGGAGCAGCCAUGAUAGAUAAAGUUUACAUGGAAAUAAUAUUUCUUUAUUCCCCCUUUUUAAUGUCAUUAUUAUAUUUCCUUUUUUUUUCUGGAGUUUUUCCAAAGUUUGUGCCUUUUGGGGGGGAGGGGGAGGGGUGGGAAGGAGGGGUGGCUAAACUGCUGAGCAAUAUCCAACCAAAUUUAAACAGUAUUUGCUAAUAAUCCUAAGAAUUAGCUAUUAUUAUUAUUAUUUUAAAAUUAGGUGAGUUAUUAUUUUAGUGGCUUUUAGGCCAUGUGUCCCAGCCCUUGUAAUAAAUAAAUUCAGUAGUCCAGGCCAACAUAGAUAAAAUAUGUUAAAAUCACUGGGCUACUUAUUAUGCAAAUAUGUGAAUCAAAGAUUUGUGUUUGUGCUGUGGAAUUCAUGUGGAACAUGUAAUUGCACUAUUGUUACUUUCUCAUUUAUUUUAGUGAAGGCAGAAAACAAAGUUACGCUGCCUUUUUUGGUGUCAAACUUUGAAGUGUACCUGUGUGCCUUUUUUUUGUCUGUUUUCGAAAAACACUGAAAAAAUUAUACAAACUUAUUUAUGUUGAGCUUUUUUUUCCGUGGGUGUAUGUAUCGCUUCCCAAAGCAACAACUUUUGUGCAUUUUUUGUAAAUAUAUAUUUUCAUUAUUAUUUUUAAGAUAAAUAAACUGUUGCAAAACUGAGCCUAAUAAUCGA